UAAACACCCGAUUAGAAUGGAUUCAAAUUCGAACGAUGAAGUCGAACCACUGAAACUGGAUGAAGUAAAGGAGAGUUUCAUAAAGAAAGCAAACAAAUUUGAUUAUAUUCGGUUAAGUUUUACUGAUCUUAAUGGGAUUCAUCUCAGUAAGCUAUUAUCUACACGAUUCGCGAGGAAGGUUGCAAACGGGGAAAGUGAAGUUUACUCAGGAGCAAUAACAAGUGGAGCUCGAGGUGAAGUAUUCGACGUGCCAGCAAUAAUAGAAAGAAAACAUGUAAACAGUAAACUUAAACCUGAUCUGUCAACUUUUCAUCCAUGCUACUGGAUUUCAAAUGGAAGAGCGCAACAUUCUAAUGAUAAUAAUGUUGAUCUUGAUGACAAUCGUGAGAAUAGAAAAUAUUCUAUUUGUGCUGUUUUGUGUGAUUUAGCCUGGCCAAAUAAUGAACCAAUGAAAGCUCAUCCAAGAGUCGCAGUAAAAACUCUCAUUGAUGAACUGCAAACUAAAUAUAAUUUACGUUUAUUUUCUGCUUUCGAGCCUGAAUUUAGAGCUUUUGAAAAAGGCACAUUUGAAAAGACAUGCCUAAAACCAACAAAGGCACGUGAGGUUAAUUCAUCUUCAUUUAAUCUUCCCAUUCCGUAUACCAAAUUUGGUGAUAUAUACAGAACAAGCCUACUAUCAGUCUAUGAAGACUUUUUCAUCGAUAUUGAUCAUAACAUGCAACUUGCUAACAUAAACAUUCAAGAUUACAGUAAUGAGGAUGGAGAAGGGCAGUUAGAAUCGCCGUUAGUACCAACAUGGGGGCUAUCUGCUGCAGAUAAUUAUUUUAUAUUGAAGCAAGCUAUUAAAGAGAUAGGUGAAAAACACAGUAUGGAGAUUUCGUUUAUGACUAAGCCCUUACUGAACGCUAGUUCCAGUGGAUGUCAUUAUAACCAUUCACUGUGGUAUGCCGAUACUGGUCAGAAUGCAUUUUAUGAUAAGAAAGAUCCCGAUGGUUUAUCUUUGAUUGCUCGCCACUGGAUCGGCGGCCUGAUAGAGCACCUUCCAGCAAUGCUAGCUAUUUGUUCACCAACUAUUAACUGCUAUAGAAGACUAAAUAAGUUUUUUGCACCGGGUGCUGUAAACUGGGAUUUUCGUGACAGAUUUGUAGCUGUUCGCGUUAAAAAUUUUGAUGAGAAGAACACAUACAUUGAAAACCGCAUCCCAUCAUCUGCUUCUUGCCCCUACCAUGUUCUGGCCGCUACUUUAGCGGCUGGUAUGGAUGGCUUAGAUCGUCAGCUCGAACCACCACCUCCUGGUCAGAAACCGUCAGAAAACGGAACUGAUGAUCGCGUGAAAAUGCUACCGUCCACCUUUCAGGAAGCCCUACAAAAAUUGAAAGAAGAUAAAAUAUUCACGAAAAAGUUGGGGAGUGACUUUUUUGAAUGGUAUACUCUCGUGAAAGAACUCGGUGAUUUGGGUUCGCUUGGUCAUUUGGAUAUAGACGAUAAUCAGGAGGAAACUCUGGCUUUCGAAAGAUAUGAAUAUCUUAAGUUUACUUAA